GAGCGGUGAAAAUUAAUAAAGAAGGACCUCUUAAUUCGAAUCAAAUCCAAAAAAAUAUUAAUGCACUAAAGGGUAAACUUAACAAGGGUUCAGCACUACUUAAGAAGAAUGUGGCAGUACUUUACGAGAAAUUACUUCUCGGUGUCAAUCAGGUUUCUAUUUCUAAGUUGACUUGGAAAGACCCUCUUGCGAGUCAAGUGAUAA